CUCACACACACAUAUACACACACACACACGCACGCACACGCACACAGGCCGAGAGGAAUGCGCGGGAGGGACUACAUGGAUGGCACUUCAGCUCCUCCACAUUCCCCUCGAGAAGCAGCUCCUGUUGGAAGUUUGGGCUUUGCUGCACACACUUGGUGCUAGAAAAAAACUACAACAACAACAAAAACAUAGCAACAAGUAAACAAAAUGGGAACUUUCACUAAAAUCCUCCUGAGUGCCGCGUGCGUUGCCUUCCUGGCGGCCAGGUGGACCGCGCCCCGGUUUGAUGCAGAGUCUCUGAGGGGCGCGAGGGUGUUGGUGACUGGGGCCAGUACCGGUAUCGGUGAACAAAUGGCGUACCACUACGCCCGCUUCGGAGCCCAGGUCGUCAUCACAGCGAGGAGGGAUAAGGUGUUACAGAAGGUGGCCGAGGAAUGCCUGCGUUUGGGAGCCCAGAAAGCCCUCUACGUAGCAGCGGACAUGGCCAGCGAGUCGGACCCCGACACGGUUGUCGAUUUCGCCCUGGAACAUCUCGGAGGGUUGGACUACCUGGUCCUCAACCACAUCGGGCCGAGCCCCUUCAGCAUGUGGGAGGGGGACGUGGAGCACACCCGGUGGCUGAUGAAGGUCAACUUCUUGAGCUACGUUCAGAUGGCUUGGAGGUCUCUGGCGUCCCUGGAACAGAGCAAAGGGUCGCUGGUGAUCGUUUCGUCGCUUUUGGCGAAGAUGCCCAGUCCCUUCGUGGCCCCGUACGCCUCGACUAAACACGCCCUGAACGGUUUCUUCGGGUCCCUUUACCACGAGCUGGCCAUGAAGAAGAGCAACGUGUCCGUCUCCAUAUGCACGCUGGGGCUCAUCGAUACGGAAUCGGCUAUGGAUAAAGUCAGGGGGUACACGGACGUCCCGCCCUACCCGGCCCCGGACGCCGCCUUGAACAUCAUCGUGACGGGAGCCACCAGACAGCCGGAGCUCUUCUACCCCUGGUUCACCCGCGCCUUGAUUCUGAGCAAAGACUGGUUCCCUUCCUUCACAGACUACGUCAUCCAGAACUCCUACAACUACACGCCGUGAAUUCUGUACCUGAUGUUUUCCACUACCAGAGAUUUGCUUUGAAUGUCCAGCGCGCCCUCAGACUUUAGGGCCAAAUCGGUAAUAUUUCUGAUGGAAAACCCAAAAAAAACAUUUAUUUUGACCGUUGCUCACCUGCUGUAGCUUUUAAAAUGCUUUAUAAUACAUAAAGUAUACUUAAAUGUCCUUUAAAUACUUAAAGGAGCUUUUCUCAGAAUCAGCAUUCUUCUCGUAUUUGGAGCCAGAAAUCUCCUCUUUUGUCGCACUUACACACACAUUGAACUUUUACAGGGACUUUUUAUUCCUGCAAACAAAGGAUGGGGAGUUGUUAAAAAGACGUAUCCAAAAUCCCCCUCAGUAAGAAAACGAAACAAGAUCUUUUAACCUAAAUAUUAAAUGUAAUAUGUAUGCAAAUUAAAACAUAUUUAAAGAAAAUGCCUCAUAUGAAAGCUUAAACAUACAGUUUAAGAAAAUGUGCAAUAAAACAAGUUUCACGCACAAGUCAAUCAUUUAAUUUA